AUGCGGCGUGAUCGGGCACAACGACACACACGAACAGGUAGCCGCAACGAUGAUGAACCAGCCGACGGUGAAGGACAAAUGGCAGUUGGAGAAAAUACCAGAUCACGGCAGAUUACGCCUCGCGAAUAUGCCGCUUAUCGGAUGUGUACAAGGGCCGGUCAAACAUCCCUAAUCCAUCGUGCAGGACGGCUUAUGCAACAGUACGCCGUUGAUCAAUGCUGUAAGAUCGAAGAACAGCGGCUCAAGUUCCAUCGUGAACAUCAAGCACAGCUGCGUGCCGAUGCAUACGCUGGCAUAAUGGAUUUUGCUGGUCCAAUGGUCAAUCCGUUACCGGAAGAUCCGCUCGAACACGACCGAACACUUGGGCAAGCGGGCACACGCAUUAUUCUUGCCCCAUCUUUCCCAGGAGGCGAGCGCUAUAUGCGUGCCCAAUAUCAAGAUUCGAUGGCCAUUGUGAGAGCUAUUGGAAAGCCAGAUUUAUUUAUCACUGUCACUUGCUACCCGAAAUGGGUAGAGGUAUCGGAAGCUUUGCUUCCACGACAACAUGCCGCAGAUCGACCAGAUCUGACGGCCCGUGUGUUUCGACUGAAACUAAAAUCCAUCUUGGAUGACCUUUCGGCUGGAGUUCUUGGUUUAGAGAUUGCACGCAUUCAUGUUAUUGAAUACCAGAAGCGUGGCCUUCCCCAUGCUCACUGUUUGCUGAUGCUUGCUGAAGCGGACAAGCCACGAUCGGUGGAUGAUUAUGACCGUUUAGUCUCUGCAGAAAUCCCGGAUCCAGAAAACGAACAACUUUAUCAAACAGUACGCAUGUGCAUGAUGCAUGGACCAUGCGGUAGAUCGAAUCCGGAUGUACCGUGUAUGAAAGAUGGUGUAUGUUCGAAAAGGUUCCCAAAAAAUUUCACCAAUGAAACAAAACAAGCCGAUGACGGUUAUCCAGUAUAUAGACGACGCAACGAUGGACGCACUGUAACAGUAAAGGGUGUACACCUGGACAAUCGUUAUGUUGUACCCUACAAUCCGUGGUUGUGUCAUAAAUACGAUUGUCACAUAAACGUCGAGGUAUGUUCGUCGGUGGCCAGUAUUAAGUACCUUUACAAGUACGUGUAUAAGGGACACGACCGAGUAGUAAUUUCGCCAUCUACAUCAUUGAACGAGAUACAAGAAUAUAUUGAUGCUCGGUACAUAUCAGCAUCUCAGGCCAUGACAAUCAUCUUUGGUUUCGAGAUGCAGGCAAAAACAGUCACUGUCGUCGUACUACCGAUACACCUCGAGAACCAACAGGGAAUCGUCUUUAAUUCGAACGAAAACAUCGAAUCUGUAAUCGAACGAGGCCACCACACAAUGCUAACGCGCUUCUUUCAGCUGAUGGCAAAUGAUCCUUACGCGCGAAAUCUUACAUAUCAAGAGCUACCGACGUACUUCCGAUAUGCCAAGCCAACUCAGCGACUUCCAUGGCAUGAAGGCUCAGGAUGCCAGUGGAUUCAACGCAUUUGUGACGCAAGCAUCGUGAUUGGUCGUAUGGUAUACUGUCCGAUGUCGCAGAUGGAACGGUACUGCUUGCGGUUGAUGCUGUGCUAUCGCAAAGGCCCAACUUCAUUUGAAGACCUUCGGACGGUUGACGGUAUCGUUUAUGCGUCUUACCAUGAAGCAGCUACUAUGGCUGGGCUACUACAAGAUGAUCAUGAAUGGGAUCGGGCAAUGCAGGAAGCCGUUUCGUUCCAUAUACCAUCUCAACUGCGCCAUCUGUUCGCAAUCAUCCUGUCGCAACAGCCACAAAAUCCUCGCCGCCUAUACUUGCGUCAAAUGACACCAUCAAAAACGCUGACCAACUUUCCAGACAUGCCACAAUUGGCUGAUUUUCAACAUCUUCCGAUGCACCUUCAAUCCGAUCAGCAUAACGAUGUAAAUUCGCACAUCGAUGCAGAACGUUCGUAUAGUAUCAAUGUUCUAGACGAAACGAUUGCAUCGAUAAAUCUACUGAAUUCUGAGCAACGAGUGGUGUAUGAUAUUGUCACUGCCGCGGUAGAUCGUAUCGGACCAGAGAUAGAAGAUUUUCCAGAAGAGCAUCACAACCUUUUCUUUCUGGAUGGUCCUGGUGGUACCGGAAAAUCUUUCCUCUUAGAGAAAAUUCUGGCGUAUACGAGGCGGAAGUCAAAGAUAGCACUGGCUGCAGCUGCGAGCGAUAUCGCCGCGUUACUUCUGACUGGUGGUAGAACAGUGCACACAACUUUUAAGCUGCCACUGGUGCUGGACGAGUAUAGCACCUGCAACAUACCAACCCAAUCGUCGCUUGCGGACCUAAUGCGACAAACCUCUCUUAUCGUCUGGGACGAAGCUUCGAUGAGCAGUCGCUUUGCUCUGGAAGCAGUAGAUCGUAGCUUACAAGACAUUGUAGGUGUACAUCGGCCGUUUGGUGGUAAGGUGGUACUGCUUUGUGGUGACUUCCGGCAGAUUUUACCAAUAGUCCCGAAAGAUGUGUUCGCACACGGACAGCUUUACGUUGCACUGUCACGAGUGACAUCAAGGAAGAACGUGGCGGUGCUGAUAGUGAAUCCCGAUUAUGAUCUUGAGGGUGUCACAGUGAGAAACAUUGUUUACCACGAGGUGAUUGACUAA